AUGCGGAGCAAACUAGGAUCCUCUGCCGGCAACUCCGGCGGGCAAGUGUAUCAGUACCCGCUUGGCGACGUGCGGUAUGACGGACCGGAUCCGAGCAGGGAGGACGGCCGAGCCACGUUUGCGGCGAGCCUGCUUAGCAGGCAGACUCCUCUGUACGAGUGCGUUGUGCAAUGGCCCGAGGCCUGGGCCGGCCGGUACUCGGGCGGGGAGGAGCUGGUAUGGGGAGACUGCAUCUUCACCGGCGCCGGAUUCGGGCUCGACGAGACUGUGUCGGCUGCUGUAGACUGGGAGAGCAGGAUUAUGUAUCUGGCCCAUACCUUUGCCUGCUCCGACAAUGAAGGGCUCACGGGGCUAGCUACGGGGUCGAUCGAGCUGGAGCUCAACUGCACGACCACGGACGAGGGCAGCAUCAGCUACUGCGUUCCGAACACGACGCCCUCGGGCGGUCGGCCGGCCCUCAGCAUCGAGACUAAAUUGUUAUCCCCCCCCGCGAGCGCGCCGCCGCCGGCCUGCGCGGACCUGCCGGAGCAGUACUGGGCCUGGACGGUGGAGGACUGGCUGCGGCAGUUCAAGAUGGAUCCCGGCGCGACGCCGACCGACCCCGACGCCAUCCACGCCGACACGGGCCCGUCCUUCGCCCUGCGGAGCCGGGCGACCGGCUCCGCGUUCCGUUGCUCCCCCUCGGCGCCCCACGACGGCAUCUUUGUCGGGCCCUGCUCCCCGGCCGACAACGGCACGACGACGACGACGACGACGACGAUGACCACGGCCAGCUUCGUCUUUGACUCGCGGCUGAACAUACUCCAGGUCUCGGAGCGAUGGGCGUGCGAUGGCUCGCCCGAGGAGUCGGCCACCGGAGUGCUCUUCAUGCAGGCCGCGUGCGCGCGCCAGCGGAACAGCGAUGACUUUAUUUGCACCUCUGGUCCUGUGUGGGUUGAGACAGAUGUGGUAUAA